AUGCCCCGGCUGUCGAUCCUCUGCUUCGGCAACUCUCUUACCGCAGGCUACUUCCACUUUGGCCUUGAAUUUCACCCUUACGAUGGGAAAUUCAAGGAAGUUCUCACAGAAAAGUUUCCAGACCUUAAAGUAUUUACUACGGUCGAAGGACUCCCAGGAGAUCUAGUUGUUUUCCCCGGAUCAUUCUUGGGGCGAAUGAAAGACAAGUGCAGCAAAGUGAAUGACUUGGGCUACCGGCGCGACGUCGAUGAGAUAUACACUGGUCUCCAGGAAGCUUGGAAUAUUGCUCUAGAGUCCGGGGCCAAAGUACUUGCUUUGACUAUACCCGAAUGCCAGACACGGUCGGAGAAGCUGGAUAGCACACGAUCUGAGUUGAACGCGGCCAUAAUGGCUCACCAACAGAAAGGCUUCUAUGCCUUUGAUCUAUGUCGCGCAAUUCCAAAUCAUGAUGCAUCGGUGGAGUUUAGAGAACAGAUGUUCGAUGAUGGCUUACACCUUACAGAAGAGGGAUACGAUUUGAUGGGGACUGUGAUUGCCGAGCAUUUCGCACCUUUAUAUGCGGCAAAAGACCCGGCGGAUGAUUCGGUAUAG